GAUGACCACUGCAACGCCCACUGUCGCUCAGACAUGUGCAUCGUACUCAUUCUGCACUGCGACAGCCUGGAGCGGAACUUCUAGCUAUCCUAUCACUCAUAUUUGUCACGUUGGACAUCCCACGAUCACUGUCAGUUUCCCGGACAAUACUGGUCAUGUUUCAUUCCAAACCACCGCUCCCAACGCCACCGGAACUGUCACUGUCUAUGAGACCGAUAUUAUCCAGACCAGUUUCCAGGCAACCUCUACCAGUCCGAUCUGCUCGGAGGCCACCCAGACUCUUGCACCUUACGGAUCACUAGUCGUACACAACACUACGUCCAUCAUGUCCACUCCAGCUCCUCCAGUCCUCACUGGCUCUGCCGGGUCUGCCGCUCCUAGGGUCAAACAGGGUAUAGCCUUUCUCCUCGGUUUAUGCACUGCUACUGUUGUGUACCUCGUGCUUAUGGCCUAGGAUCCGUCCUAGUAGAUCUAGCAGCGUUUCGUUUUCUUUCACUCGUGUUGUAGUUUGCCGAUUGUGUGGGCUUAAGGCUGUUG